AUGGUGAAACGGAAAUUCGAUGCGCUUGAGCCGGGGUCUGUCUCUUUACCUUGUGAGAGGAGAAAAACUGUCAGGUCUCCGCAAGAGAUCCACAAGCGCAAUGUCGCAGUUCCUUCUCCUAAAGCCAACACCCACACAUCAGCCACCUCAACUGAUUUGGACGGAUUGCAAGAAGAAGAGCCUCACCUGAAACCCCUACCGAUCUGUUUGCUCGAAACUCUAGACACUAGCCCGUACGGCCGAGAGUUGGCUUGGCUAGACACUGAUAUCAAAGAACAAAGAAAGACACUCCAAGAAGCACAAUAUGAGGUCAAAACUAUCAGGGAAAUUUGCAGUGAGGACAAGCUUGCUGUGAAGAAGGCUGAUUACCUGUGGCGUUAUCAUCAAGGGCCACAGGUGCAAGCUAAUGCGGACCGUGAAAAGACGCGAUUGGAAUCUCUCGAAGGUCUUAGAGCUGGACUGGAGGAGAACAGAGACCGGAUUUUACAACAGAGGGCAUUUUAUGAGAGCGUUCAGCGGUUGUUGGACGAGAGGGCUGUCGAGGAUGGUGAGAAUGUUCUGGAGCAAGUUAUGGACCUGGAUUGA